AGCGCGGCGUUCACUCUCAGGCCCAUUGUGGAGCUCCCUGCUGUUGACGUCAUGUUUCAGUCCCGCCCGACGUUCACUGGCCCAGAUCUGGUCGAAUCACUCCACUCGUAGGCGGGUCAGGGCCCUGUCGUGACCGGUGCGGUUAGCCUGCCUUCGCCGCCGAGGAUUGGCCCGCGCCGGGACCUGUCGGUCGCGGUGGUAUCUGGGAAGGAGAGAAAAUGGCGGCGGGCCCGAGCAAGACCGAAAUCCAGACUAUUUUUAAGAGGCUUCGCGCAAUUCCCACCAACAAGGCCUGUUUCGAUUGUGGUGCCAAGAGUCCUAGUUGGGCCAGCAUCACGUAUGGUGUAUUUUUGUGUAUUGACUGCUCCGGAGUGCAUCGCUCCUUGGGUGUCCAUCUCAGCUUUAUCAGGUCCACAGAGUUGGAUUCGAACUGGAACUGGUUGCAGCUGAGAUGUAUGCAGGUCGGCGGGAAUGCCAAUGCGACUGCUUUUUUCCGCCAACAUGGAUGUAUGGCCAACGAUGCUAACACCAAAUAUAACAGCCGAGCUGCCCAGAUGUACCGAGAAAAGAUCCGGCAGUUAGGGAGUGCGGCUCUGGCUAGGCACGGCACUGAUCUUUGGAUAGACAGUAUGAACAGUGCUCCUAGUCACUCUCCAGAGAAGAAAGACGCUGAUUUCUUCACAGAACAUACUCAGGCCCCUGCUUGGGAUACAGCAGCCACGGAUCCUUCAGGGACCCAGCAGCCAGCCCUACCUUCAGAGAGCAGUAGCCUGGCACAACCUGAACAUGGCCCCAACACUGAUCUGCUUGGAACCUCACCCCAAGCCUCUCUGGAGUCCAUGUAUCUGUCAGCUAAAGGGCCCUCCUCUACCAGAGAACUGAAAAGCUCCAUUAUUGGCAAGAAGAAGCCAGCAGCAACUAAGAAAGGGCUGGGUGCCAAGAAAGGCCUGGGAGCUCAGAAGGUGAGCAACCAGAGCUUUACUGAGAUUGAGCGGCAGGCCCAGGUGGCAGAGAAGCUCCGAGAGCAGCAGGCAGCUGAUGCCAAGAAGCAGGCAGAAGAGUCCAUGGUUGCCUCCAUGCGUCUGGCCUACCAGGAGCUCCAGAUUGAUCGCAAGAAGGAGGAGAAAAAGCUACAGAACCUUGAAGGAAAGAAGCGAGAGCAGGCUGAAAGGCUGGGCAUGGGCUUGGUGUCCCGAAGCUCCAUCUCCCACUCUGUGCUGUCUGAGAUGCAGAUGAUUGAGCAGGAAACCCCGCUGAGUGCAAAAUCCUCCCGCUCACAGCUUGACUUGUUUGAUGAUGUUGGAACAUUCGCUUCUGGACCCCCAAAGUACAAGGAUAACCCCUUUUCCUUGGGAGAAACUUUUGGUUCCCGCUGGGAUUCAGAUGCAGCCUGGGGUAUGGACAGGGUAGAAGAGAAGGAACCUGAAGUUACCAUCUCCAGCAUCCGGCCUAUUUCAGAAAGAACCACAAGUCGGAGGGAAGUGGAGAGUCGCAGCUCAGGUCUUGAGUCCAGUGAAGCACGUCAGAAGUUUGCAGGAGCCAAAGCCAUCUCGUCUGACAUGUUCUUUGGUCGAGAAGUGGAUUCUGAGUAUGAAGCCAGGUCUCGGUUACAGCAGCUUUCGGGCAGCAGUGCCAUCAGCUCUUCAGACCUUUUUGGGGAUGUGGAUGGAGCUCAUGGAGGAGGAACUGUAUCUCUGGGGAAUGUACUUCCUACAGCUGACAUUGCCCAGUUUAAGCAGGGUGUCAAGUCUGUGGCUGGCAAGAUGGCUGUGCUGGCCAAUGGUGUGAUGAAUUCUUUACAGGAUCGCUACGGUUCCUACUGAUACAGGCUCCAUGGCUCAGGCCUGUGGUGGUGACAGCAAGAACCCUGAUUCCCAGGCCAGAGAUGGCUGUCUCGUGGAUCUGGGGAUUUGUUGACUUUGUGUGUGGUGUGUGAGUUGGAUGACUUGGGAGGAUCUUAGAGGGGAAUGGUCGGCAUCAGCCCUUGUCCUCAGCCUGUGCAUUGAGUCCUUGUCCUCACCCCUUCACACUCUCCCUCCAUGCUAGUGUCUGUCCUUCCUUCCAGUCCUGCCCCAGAGCUGCUGCUGCUUGGCCUGCUGCACUGGGAGUGAGGGGCAGAGUUCAUCAGGAUGGCUUUAUGGGUCUAGUUCUUCCCCAAGGAGGGAAGGCAUAAGGCUCUUGCAGGCUCUAGGAUCCUUGUAAGUGGUCUGGGGGCUUGGGCCUCCAUCUUCUAGAGACAGGGGAGGCCUAGCACGAGUUGAGCUGUAUCAGCCCUCAGGGAGAAGUUCUGGACUUGCCACUGCUGUUGCUGUCAGUGGCCUCUUCUGGGUUCCAGGGAAAGAUGGGUUAGGAGGACCGUGGUAGCUCACAAAGAGCUGGAACUUUUGCUUGGUACCUGAAGGUUUUAUUUGGGAUCAGCCCGGAGGCCUGACCAAUCUUCCGUUGUCACAGCUGUCACUUAGAAGCUGACUUCUGCUUAGGUGUUUGAGAGCCUUUAUCUACCAUUACUGUGGGUCACAGCACCCCUGUCUAUGCUUGAGAUCCUCUUUUUGUGUCCUGCUUGGCCCCAUGGUGAGUCUCAUCUGUGUGUCCUGCCUGGAUGCUAGGAACUUCUCAGCCGAGGAAGCUGAGACUCUGAGAGAAAGAAGCCCACGGAGCUCAGCUUUCAUCCUCUGCAUCGUCCUGGGUUUAGGGGUCCUGGACAGCACACCAUCAACCAUCAACCAGUGAGAGUGUGAGGACCUGCAGCUGCGGGCUCCAUUCACUGGCAGCUGGGCCACGCACUGUGUCAUCCUUGGUGCCAUCUCACCCUGCCAUGCUGGCAGUCUGGGCUCAACUUCUACCUGUGGAUUGCAGGUUGGGCUCCCAAACAACACAGACCACUCUUCCCUCAUCCCUCCCCAGAGGGACAUGACUUUCUUUCAGCACUGUUUGUAUUGAAACAAAGUGGUGUCAAAAUAAAGCCCCCACGGGGCCCUGUGGGUCAGUGUCCUCUC